UAUGAGCUAUGCCCCUUUGCUCUUGCUGCAGCGAUGAAAGCAGGGGAGACAAUUGAGUCAAUUCCGUUGAUGUGCUAUAUAACCGUUGGUGAGACCCGAGAUAUUUUAGUGCCAGUACACCGAUUGAUCAGCUCACAGCUCUGUGGUAUAUCUCGAAGAUAUAGGGUCCAUAGGUCCACGAGGAAGCAGAGCAAGCUAAGAUACACAGAGGGGGGGUUGACGGCCCGCUGCAGUCUGACUCACCGGAGAGUCGGCUUGCCCUUUCGUUUGUCUGUAGACGUGCGCAUCCUCUCGGAGGGAGAAGGCAACGGGAAUUGACGGAACCUACGCAGCGUUUCACUCUCUGCCGCAGCCAGAGGCGCGCUGCUUGGCAGAGCAUGCUAAAUAAUGAGCCAAAGGGACACACUGGUUCAUUUGUUCGCCGGAGGAUGUGGUGGUACAGUGGGAGCUAUUUUAACUUGUCCUCUCGAAGUGGUAAAGACCAGACUGCAGUCCUCCUCCAUCACUCUGUACAUCUCUGAAGUCCAGCUUAGCACUGUCAAUGGAGCCAGCGUCGCCCGCGUUUCUCCUCCGGGACCUCUGCACUGUCUUAAGUUGAUUUUAGAGAAAGAGGGACCUCGCUCAUUAUUCAGAGGACUGGGUCCAAACCUUGUUGGUGUGGCACCUUCUAGAGCAAUUUACUUUGCGGCCUAUUCAACAGCAAAGGAGAAGCUGAAUGGAGUGCUGGAGCCAGACUCGACCCAGGUGCACAUGGUGUCUGCUGGGAUGGCAGGAUUCACCGCCAUCACAGCCACCAAUCCCAUUUGGCUGAUUAAGACCCGCCUGCAGCUGGACUCCAGAAACCGAGGGGAGCGGCGAAUGAACGCAUUUGAGUGCGUGCGGCGGGUGUAUCAGAUGGAUGGCCUACGAGGUUUCUACAGAGGAAUGUCUGCCUCUUAUGCCGGGAUCUCUGAGACUGUUAUCCACUUUGUGAUCUACGAGAGUAUAAAACGCAAACUGCAGGAGUCCAAAUCUCACGCCAGCAUGGACGAGGAGGACGAGUCGGUCAAAGAUGCCUCGGACUUUGUGGGCAUGAUGCUGGCAGCAGCAACCUCAAAAACCUGUGCCACCUCCCUCGCCUAUCCUCAUGAAGUGAUUCGCACACGACUACGAGAGGAGGGCAGCAAGUACCGCUCCUUCUUUCAGACUCUGCUGACUGUUCCCAAAGAGGAGGGAUACCGAGCCCUGUACCGUGGCCUGACCACGCACCUUGUCAGACAGAUUCCUAACACUGCUAUUAUGAUGUGCACCUAUGAGGUGGUGGUCUACCUGCUUGGUCGUUAGCCAAAAACAAAAGUCUCCCGUCUGCCUGAAGAGGGACACAGCCAGUAAAGAACUGUGAAGAAUGCAUUUUGGCUUGAAGUGGGGGGUGUGAAAUGUCCAAAAGAAGACCAAAGGAUACCAGAAGAUACUCUAGUGGACCAGGAAAAAAAAAAGAGGAAGAAAACGAGAGGCAGAGAACUAAUUUGGUACCAUAUCGGCAUCAUCUCCUUUAGUUGUACAAUUGGAGCAGGUAGUGGGUGUCACAGCUCAUAGAAGAGGCGGUGUGGCUCAGAGCAGAGAGGGGACUCUGACAGGGGACAAGCAUUAUGGCCCCUGUUUAACCUCUAAGACAAGGUUAUUAUUUAAAUUCAGUGGCCUUACGGAGGGGGGUUAUUUCACAGACAUUUUUGAUUGAAGAUUUUGAUGGCAAAAAAAGAGUGUAUAGAGUAGAUAUUGAGGAGUGAGGGGUGCUCGGAGGCAACCGAACUUAACAUGACAGAUGGAAGAUUAAUGCAUGCCAUUUUUUAAUAAACUCUUUGACAUCAUUGGUUCAGACUCGCGACUACCCAUUGAUGUGAGGCUACAGUAUUAUUCAGGGGAUGUUCGGUUAAGGUGGAGAUUACAUUGGAGACAAGGAUUUAUGCUUUGAUGUCCAUGUUAACACAGCGGAAGCUGCUCCUUCCGGCAUUCUCCUCUGACCCCUCAUGACUAGCAGUGUGUUCACUGGUGGAAUAGAAUGAAACCCAAUGAUGAGCUUGUGUUACCUUUCUGACAGUCAUGCCUCAAACACUUAGCAGUGAAGAAAAGGGCCUGACCUCCAGUCAGUGCUUUAUUCCUCUCUAACUCAGUGGCCAGGCUCAGCUGAAGCUUGCAUGGGCGAUUUCCAAGGCCAGCGUCUGCUCAGCCUGCAGCCACCAAUGAAGACUUCCAAAUUUGUGAUACCGGUGUGUCCUCUAUAGAUCUUAUGGGUGCACUAAGUUUUAUCUGUAUCCAAAAGGUACAGAAUAUCGUCUGACAAAGUUUUGCUACUUGAAUACAAUGUGAAAGUUUGGGAGAAAUGUUGGAUGGGGAGGAUGCUGGUGGAUUUUUCUUGUCUAAAGGCUGUUUUGUUUUUUUUGCGUGUCUGAGUGGUUUAACAAGCUGGAUGACUUGGCUGUGUCCAAGAGAGUGUGUGGGUGUGUGGGUGUGUGUCUGUGUUCUUUGUGCGUCUGAAGUCAUCUGUGCUUGCAUGUAUAUUAAACAUGUACUCCAGAUUUCCAACCACUAACGAAUAAUUUUGAAAAAUACUGCAGUUUGAACUGAAGAGAGGCUCCAGUGUGAUACUGGGAGUUCAGAUUCCCACUCUGUCAGUUCCUCCUUCCUGUGGCUUCCAACUUACCCGAUAACAUGCACUUUUGUGGCCUUUUAGGGCUUGUGAUUUGCUUUUUCUAACGUGUGGACAGAUAGAACUUGUAACUUUGUAAAAGAUAAAAAAAGUAUUUCAAAAUGGUAUUUUGCGCAACUGUUCUCAAAACAGAUAACUGUACAGAUCAGAGUUGUUAUUUGUUUUGAAGAAUGUCCACAUGUCUGUAAAUGAUAGUGUUUGCAUAACAAUUUUUGUUUUCUCCUAAACCCCCCUGCUGAUUAUGCUGUAGUUUGUAUUCAUUCUUGUGAAAUCAAACCUGGUUUUAAUUUUUUUACCUGAAUAUUGACAUUUCUCCACUAAAUGUUUUUCUUUUCUUUUCCUGCUUUUGGUUUUAUGCUGCAGAAGGCAGCCAUGCUGCCACGUGUGCUCACACUGCAAAUGCUGUCAAUCAAACGCAUCAAUCAUUGGAGCCCAGAUAAUUGUUUAGUCGUUUAGUUAGGUUCAUGAAAAGUGUUCCGGUUUGCAUUUUGAUGCAUCUGUCAUUUGAGAUGUGGGAUUGUUGGAGGCAUCAGUCAGUUUCCUCUUGGGGCUUUUCUUUGCACCUUGUUUUGAAUAUUACAGGAAAGGGGCUAUGUGUGAGGGUUCAAAAAGUGAAGUCAUGUGUCAAGACACUACAGAGUACCACAGUUGCUUUGGAUGGUUAAAAAAAUAAUCCUCUAAUCUUAAAUUUAUAACAUGAAUAUUAAACUAGUUUAAUGUUUUAUCCUUUAAAAAAGUCUGGGGCAGAGAUCAAAUUGAAUAUACAGUUAGUUCAGUUACAGCUUAUCAACUUAUUCAUACAUGUUGCCAUUUUUGAACACUUACAUCCCUGUGUUGCUGUAUCAUAUUGAGGCAAACCGAGGAGUCGAAACCUUUUAACAUAUUAGUUUCAGUUUGGUGUGUUACAACUCCAUCCAUUUGCCGUUUUGAAAAAAGAAAAGUAAACAUGACUGAAGUUCCUGACUGAUUUAGACAGCCAUGUUUGGCAGUAUAACACUAAAAGCCUCUAUGUGUGUGUUCAAACGCUCUGUUGUACUUGAGGUCAAAAUAUUUAAAUGUGACAGGAACAGAUAACUGGAAAAAUGGUGAAAACAUUUGACUUUAGGAUUUACUGCUCACCACAGUGUCUGUAUGUAAGUCAGUAUUUUCGCUUGGAUAGGAUAGGUUGAAUGAUUGUUUUUGCUGGCUUAGUCAUCUGUGUUAAUGUCUGUUUUUUAAGCACAAAAAUAAAUAAACUUUAUUUGCAACUAAAA